AUGCUUGGUGUCCUGAGGAGUGGGCCAGCAAAAGCCCUUUUGGACUGGGCUGGCCAUUGGGAUAACUUGGCUCUUUCCCCUGCUACUUGUGAUCUUUCUGGAGGAGGUCCUGAUCUCCUUUGUCAUCCAAAGCUUUUCACUCUGAACCUGAGAGGAGCAAUGGCUGCAGCGGGGAGUGAAUUCUUUGAGUAACGUUUUCACCAGCCAGCUUGGACUUUGUGAAUGCCCACGGACCACGGACAUGGCCACUGCUGCAUCCCUAAGUGUUGAUGUGCUGACAGCCUGGAGUGACUUCUGGGGCACUUCCUGAGAGCAGCCGACCCAGUCAUUGGCAAGGGAAUGACUCCACCACAAAAGACGCUUUUUCCCCCAGAGAAGAUUUGCAUGGACUGGCGGCAGAAACGGAGACCUGGAGCAGGACUUUUCAACCUUGGUAGUACUUGCUACCUCAACGUCGUCCUGCAGUGCCUGACAUACACACCCCCUCUGGCUAAUUACCUGCUCUCUCGUCAGCACAGCCGGCUCUGCCAUCAGCAAGGUUUCUGCAUGAUGUGCAUCAUGGAAGAUCACGUUCGGAAGGUCCUUUAUUCCUCAGCCACUGCCAUCCGCCCAAGGGCUGUCAUCAGGGACCUCAAAUUCAUAGGAGAAUUUAAGCCUGACAUCCCAGGAGACGCCUACGAGUUCUUACGCUGUACUCUCAAUGCCAUGCACAGAGCUUGUCUGAGUGGAAGCAGCGACUUGGACGUCUCUUCCCAAGAAACUACCAUCAUCCAUCAAAUAUUUGGGGGCUUUCUGAGAUCCAGAGUCACAUGCCUGAGCUGCAAGACAGUUUUUGAUUUCUUCAAGGUCUUCCUGGAUGUCCUUCUGAAAAUCAAGGGAGCUUCAUCCCUCACCACAGCUCUGGAGGACUUCGUGAAACCCAAGCAGAUGGAUGGGAAAAAGUUCUUCAAAUGUAGCAAGUGUAAGAAGAAGGUUGCAGCCUCCAAGAUGGUCACAGUCCAUCACGCACCCAGGGUCCUCACGGUGUGUCUGGGAAGGGCUGAUCAUGGGAGCAGCAGGAAGCUCAGCCAGGUUGUGGAGUAUCCUGAGUACUUGGAUCUUCGGCCAUACAUGUCUGACCCAGCUGGAGAGCCUGUCCUCUACUCCUUAUAUGCUGUUGUGGUGCACAAUGGUCACACCUGUCUUGGUGGACACUUCUUCUGCUACACAAAGGCCAGCAAUGGGCAGUGGUACAAGAUGAACGAUGUGUUUGUGGAUAGUUGUGGCAUCCACACAGUUCUGGGCCAGCAAGCCUAUUUGCUGUUCUAUGCCAGGUGCUCCCAUUCACAAGUGGAAGAAAUGGCAUCUUCUUCAUCGUUCCACUCCUUCCUCAGUCAGGGGGAGGCCAGCAGCCAGGCAGGUUCUGCGGGAGCACAGGGUCUGCCUGGUAGGAUUAGGGUGACAAACAGCCAGAGGAACAGUGCCAGGGAGAGGCAGAGGAGCAGAUCCCCACAGUGGGGCAAUGAACGCCGCAGAAGUUUCAUGAACACCACCAACCACAACAACUCAGCAGGGAGGAGGAGGAAGAGAACAAGCCCUCAUGAUCAUGAUCAUGACAACACUGACAGCGAUGCCACAGCUUCAGAGCCCUCCAAGAGGAGCUUCCAGCCUCCUCCAGAACACAGGGCUGCUCAUGAACAACCCCUGCUGACAGGGAGAGACAGCAGAGCAGACCCUCACAGCAGGGCUGCGAGUUCUGCAGGCGGCUUGUGAAGCUCAGGGAGUACCACCAGUCAGAAAGUAACACU